AUGGUUGUUAAUAAAGUUCGACGAUCUACACCAAUGGAUAAUAAUCGAAAUUUAUUAAUAUUUAGCCAACCAAAUUCAUUUCAUUUAAAUAUUCAUUCAAUGCAUAAUACAGAAGAAUUGAUAUCAAAUUCUGAUAAAACUUCAACAUCAAGUAUAAAUAGUUUAAGUCUUAUUCAAACAUUAUCAUCACCACAACUUCCAUUAUCUAAUACAAUAAUUAAUCCUCAACAAUUACCAACAUUUCAUUUUGAACGAUCUAAUACUCAUAGAAGAGUUCAAGAUAGUAUUUUAUCAGUUCAACAAAUUUUUCCUACAAAGAAAUCAUCUGUAAAAUUAUCUGGAUUUGUUGAUAAACAAAUACUUUCAAAUACAUAUAGUCCUAGUCCAACAAUAUCAUUAUCACAAAUGACAAAUGAUAUUACAAAUGAUUUUCAUAGUAAUCCAAUAUCAACUUUUUCUCCUGAUUUUGAAUCAUCACCAUUUCAAUUAUUUCAUAAUAAGUUAGAUAAUGAAAAUAUACAAUUUGAAUAUGAAACGUCAUCUCAAACAAAAAUACAUCAUGAAAUAAAACAUAAACCUGAAUCAUUAUGGAAAACGAAAUUAACAUUAAAAACAUUACUUUCAAUGUCUAAUAGAGAUGAAGCUCAAGCAUUAAAAGAUAAAAAACCUAUUGAUUAUCAUAUGUUUCUGAGUAAUAAAUUGAAUAAAAAUUCUAUUUUUCAAUAUAAUGAUCAUAUUGAUACAAAAUUUACUGCUAAUAAUAAACAUACAAUUGUACAACAAAUUAAUGAACAAGAUUAUCAAGGAACUCGAAAAUUAUAUAAACGUUUAUUAAAUACAAUGGGAUUACGCAAACCAGUAAAUAUUAAAAAAUCUAAAUCUUUAACGUCAAUCAAACAGAUAAAAACUAAACGUAGCAGUAAAACAAAACCACCAAAUAUAAUUCAAGAAAAUGUUCUUCUAUCAUCUGAUAAUUCUAUUCAAUUUUUAACAAAUAAUGAACAUGAAAAACCUAUACUUAUUACUUAUCAAGCAGUACCAAUUUCAGAAUGA